GAAGCCACGUAUAGGGCAAGCCAAUAACGAUUAGACACGUGUAUGUCCAUAACCCCUCUCCAAAAUCCGCGAGGCUUCUACACCGUUCUGUGCCUUUCCGCUCUGUUUUUCUGGAACUUUCACGAUACUUUCCACUCAUCUCUUUUAUAGAAAAUCUCUCCCUCAAUUUUCUCAGCCACCAAACACCACUACAAACUGAUCGUUGAUCACUUUUACUAACACUCUCUCUAGCUUUGCUACGCCAAAUCGUUGAGCAAUUUUUUUUUAUUCUUCUUUGGUUUUUUUAGGAGUAAUUGAUUUGAUAUUUGAAAGAAAAGAAAUGAGUAAUGGAGUCGCAGAUUCGAGCCUCUUCAAUGGAGACUUGGGCUCAGCAGUGAAUCACAUUUUCCAUUUCCCAGAGACCAUAGAGAAACUUAUUUUCCCUUCUCGAGGUCAAGAAACACGUGAGAACAAAACCUUUUCAACCAUCCCUGUCGACAUUUUGGACACUCCGAAAGACUACAUCUUCUAUAUGGAUGUCCCUGGUUUGUCCAAGUCUGAUAUACAGGUGACGGUUGAGGACGAGAACACUUUGAUUAUUCGAAGUGGUGGUGGGAAGAGGAAACGUGAGGAGGGUGAAGAAGAAGGGUGCAAAUACUUGAGACUGGAGAGGAGGGUGAACAACAAGCUUUUGAGAAAAUUUCGAUUGCCUGAAAAUGCCAAUGUCGGAGCUAUAUCGGCCAAAUGCGAAAAUGGGGUUCUGACUGUUGUGGUUGAGAAGCUUCCUCCACCUCCGAAACCCAAAAAAGUUGAGGUUACCAUCUCUUGAAGAGUUGGAAGUUGAAACCUUAAUUACUGGUGCUGGUAUCUUUUGUUACUUAUGUACUACAUUACUACUAUUAGUAAGCUUGUAAAGUUGUUAGUUAGUUCACUGCUAAGAGUUGCGUGGUGUAGUAGUUGUAAUGAAUCUUUGUUCAGAUUUUACUAAUUGAGUAGACUAAAAAUGCCUAUCUUUCG